AGUUGGGGGGCUUCUCUGGAGGAGAGGGUGGGGGGCGUUUGCAGACGGAUGGCGGGCUUCUGCUCAGCAGCAUCUGGACAAGUUGGUUCAGCUCAGUGUCAGCAGAUAGGGGGCUGAAGGCUCUUUGUGGCCAAUAAAUGAGCUGACUGCUGGUGCAGCUCAUGCUCUGUGUGAUGCCUGGAGCAAGGUAGCUCUGCACCCUGGAGCAAGGCUGCAUGUGGAGCAGAGAAUACUGGGGGCUGGCUUGUCCCAGCUGCUUAUGGGCCGGGGAGACAAAUACACAGAUCUUCAAGCUCAUGCAAAACCACUGAGAUGAGGCAUCGCUGUUGUCUCCAUCCACUCCAUGUGGUUCUGCUGUUCUGCUGUGCUGGUGCAGCAAGGUUUGCACUCCCGGCACCUGGGAGUGCUGCCGGGGCAGAGUGGCUGAGGCUCUCACUUUUCUGCCAUGACUAGAUCACACUACCAUGUUGGAGGCUGAGUUGCAGCCCUCAUGUCACUUCUGGGCAGGUUUCAUGUAAUCUGGGAGGUUUUUGUGGGCCCAUGUCCUGCCCUCGUUUGUGGGACCUUGGGGUGAGGCUACAUAAGUAAUGAUCCUUCCUAGAAAGAUGAGGAUAUCAGAGAGGUGCCACUGUUCCUACUUGUCCAUGAGUUCGCUGCAGUUUGGGGUGGCUCUGGAGAAGCUCCUCUGAGCCACCUGCAGAGCAAAGGUCACUGUAUUUGCCUGGAGAAAGGAAUCGCUCUUGCUCUGAAAUGCUUCUGCUACAAAGCAGUCAUAGCACAUGGAAGAUUUGGGCUCCUAUAAUUGUGUUUCAUCUCAAAAGAUGAAAGGAAAGUAUAAUAAUAAUAGCUGUUGCCUGGGCUCUGGAGGGCAGAGAGCCUGGCACAUUAAUGAAGAGCAAUUAAUAUUGAAAAGCAGUUAAUCUGCAAUUACGCAGAGCUCCACAGAGACACCAUCUGAGAGUUAAACAAACAUGGUGAAGCUGACUAAGAUUAUGAAAACUCUUGAUAGAGAUUAAUGACUUGGGCUCAACUAGGAAAAGCUGCUGUGUCUGCUUCUCAACAAAUCUUCUCCAGGGUUUGCCAUGGCCAUGAGGAGGGAAGAAAUGACAAGGUGGUUUCAAGAUGGCUCUAACAAGUGGAGUGUGGCUUCUGCCAGGGAAACAGCAUCUGCUGGCAGCUGCUAAUGAGAUGGAGAAGGAAAUCAGUCACCUGAGGAAGGACUUAUAAAGGGAUUCUUUAUAGUCUCAACCUUCAGCCUCAGCCUUAAGUCAGACUGGAAUGGGCUAUCCAGAAGGAAACAUCUCUGAAUUGGGUUAGGAGUGCCAAAUCCAUUGCCAGGUUGUUUUUUGGUGAUGCCGUGUGGUGAUCUAGGGUCAUGCAAGACCCAGAAGAGUUUUGGAGGGAUUUGGAAUGGGUAUUUAGUUUGUUUUUUUGUUUUGUUUUGUGUUUGUUUUGUUUUUCUGUUUUGUUUUGGGUUGGGUUUUGUUUGUUUGUUUGUUUGUUGGCUUUGUUUGGUUUUUGUGUGUGUUUUUUGUUUGUUUGUUUUUGUUUUUCUUUUUUUUCUUUGUAUGUGUGUUUUGUCCAGCUCCCUUUUUUGAAGUCGUGGUCUUGAGGUUCACUGCAGAGUUUGUGGUGGCAGGCAUAAAAGCACGUGCAUCUUAGCCCCAAAAGGUACACAGCUGAAGAAAGUACAGGGAUAUCUCCUGCUUGAGAAAUGUUACCCUCAGUACCAGUUCCACCACUCCUCUCUCCAGCUUUGGCCUCUAAAGCCUGAAUCACCAGCACAGUCCUGGGUGAGCAGAGCUGGUGGGGGAAGCCUGUGGUGCUUUUUGGGGUGAAGCUGGGGACCCUGGCAGUGAGCAUCUGGCUGGGGCAGCUCUGGGCACUCUGGGCUGAGCCUUAGUGCUGUAAAACUCAGCAAACUGAUUUGUUUGCUCAGGAGGGUGAGGCGAAUGGGUGGGGAUGAUCUCCAUCCAGUUGCAGUUUUUAAUGCACUGCCGAGGCUGCUUUCUUCCUCCAUCAUUGCUUUUGCUUCUCAAUCUGCCUUGUACUCUUAAAACAAGGCUUUGAGAGCUUUCCUCUUGCAGGAUCCUCUUAGUAUCCUGCUGGCAACUCUUUGAAGCAGGGCUGGUAGAGCUGGACAUUGUUUGGAGUCUUAUUUCACUCAAGGUGAUCACAGCCUGCUUGGGACACUGUUCUUGGGAAGGCACACUUGUCUCGUGCACAAAGUAUCUCCUUUUCAUGUCCCCAUGGCCUGGGCAAGGCUAGCUGUCCCUCAUCCACCAAGGCCAGAUGUAUGAGCAUCUUCUGUCUGACCAAUGCUCCUUGUGUACUUGGAGGACCUGGAGCAGGAGGAUUCCCCUGUGGAAGAUGUAACAAGUAGGAAAGUUAAAGAAGGGGGAAACCAGCUCCUCCUCCGCUUGUGACUGCUGGAUUCUCAUGUCGGCAUCUAGAGGGCAGGGCAGGUAUGUGCUCUGACCUGGGUCUCUGUCGUCUGGUCUAUCAUCCCAGUUACAGCCUCACCAGCCAAGAUUUCUUCUUGCGGAGAUGAACUGUGUGUACAAGAGGGAGUGGAAGCUGUGAUGCUGUGGUGCAAGGCUGUUCCUGCUGUGCCGUGAUGCUGGGGGUGUCUAGGCGGCUUUUUCCAGGAGGCAGGAGCCAGCCUUUAUCUGAUCCUAUACCACAGGGGCAAAGGGGGUUUGCUGGUGGGUUAAGAGGGACAAAAGCAGGUAUCCAAAACCAGUCUGCACGGUGCAAGUUGCCCCAGUGGUGAGUGGGGAGUUUGUUCUUCUGCUUCACUCAAGGGACAGUCCCUCUGAAUUUAAUUAGCAGCUUUGCAGGUCAGUGGCAUGGUGAAAAGCAGGGCUUGGGCCAGGCAGAGGUCUGUUAACAGAGGCAAGAAGUACUGAAAAUUAAGAUGUUUGAUAUUAAGAUUUAUAAUCUCAAUCAUUUACAUCCAGAUCGAAGUCUUCUGACCUCCAGAAGUCCCUCCCAAACCAAAUUAUUCCCUUGUUCAGUUAUUUUUAUGUUAUUUGUCCCUGCACUUCAACAAAUCAAGCAGGAGAGCCACACUAGAAGGCUGAGCCUUAUAUGUGCUUGUCACCAUUCAUCUGGCAUGAGACAAAAAUGAUUAUGGACUGUCAUCGUUUAGCCUGGGUAUGGGCUGGCUGUUCUCCAGACACAGAUUUUUUGGCUCGUCUCACAGUUUUUGAGAUUUGGAGAGUAUCUAAGCUCUUCUCACCAGCAGCAAGCAUGCCCGUUUUAUAAAUAUUCAUUAGCUAGCAUCAUUAUGUCUUGCAAUUUUAUGGGGCAAAAGGUGUACUUUGCCAUGCAUGGUUUUCUUUUUUUAAAAGCUCCAACUCCUGCAUUUUGGGUUCUGAUAGAGCUUUUUCUUUUAAACCACAUUUUUAUCCUUUGCUGUUGCAGGGGCAGGGAAGGGUGGUAGGGAGCAGGAAUAUAUGAGGCUGCCUCCCACCUCAAAACCCAAAGGCAAAGCCAGGACAGUUGGCUUUUGUCUGAGGCUCUUGCAAAGGAAAGGGGGUCCCGACAGCAGCUGGGCCAUGCGGCCAGCCCAGGGGGAGGCUGGCAGUGCAUGGUGGCAGAGGAAGGCCCCAUGCAAGUGUCACCCGUCGCCGCUGAAGUUUGUAAGGUGGUGGGAGGAAAGCUGAUGUCUCUCGGCCGGAGCAGAGGAGGGGAGGCAGGACGGGCUGCAGCCAGCCUUCCCUCACUGGAUCCCCGCUAUGUUCCGCUUGCUCUCGGGGGGCCCAGGGCCACGCUUCCCACUGAAACUACAUCUCCCAGGCUGCCCGGCACGCUGCCCCGCUGCCGGCUCCCCAGGGGUCUGCUGGGGGGAUACGGGGGGGGUGAGACAAGGGGAAGCAACCGCCUCCUCGGCUUCUGCCACCCACAGCAUCCUGCCCUUGCCUACGGUAAAGCACUGCAGUGGGGGGGAAACUUUGGUGAAUUGUCCUGUGCGAUGCGGGGCUGGAGGGGCGGCAGCCAUCGUCCAAGUGGCCUCUGGGAAACUCCGUCUCGGCAGGAUGGAGCCAGGGGAAAAGCAGAACAAGGACUUCAUAGCUUUCACGCUGCUGGGCAAGAAAUGCCCCCCAAAGAAGCAUGGCAUUACAGGCCUGAUUGUGAAACACCUCCAGAAGACCUUCCAGAGGCCCAUCUCCUUGCAGCUGUCUUCUCCCAUGACUGUCUCUCAGUGUUGUGCAGGAUCUUGUCCAAACUUGGUUAUGAGUAAACAUGAAGUGCGUGAAGAGAAGGGUGGGGAUGUGGUGUUUGAAGCCCUGCAACCUGGCACACACCGGUCACUCUGCUUAGUGCCAUCAGCAGGAGGGGACAACUGCUCCAGCAUGCCGGCACCCCAGGACUGGCAGGGUGCUCUGCAGGUCCAGAUGGAAGUUGCUGAGAGCAGAGGGGCAGCCCACAGCACUGGGUCUCUGGUUCAGACAUCCAUUUCUUGUGCCCAUAGAUCUCCACCCCUGCCUUGUCCAGUGGGCUCCCCUUCCAAGACAAAGCUCAUCAGCCACUUCUCCCUCUUCUCACCACUGUCGUGGGGCUCUGAGACAGAUUCUAGCCCCAUGCCCCCUGCCAGCUCCAAGAAAUACCUCUGGAAGAAGAGGAGCUGGAAGAAGAACUCACAUCCUGAGGAGCCCAUCAGUCUGAAACCAAAGGGGCUUGCAUGUUCCCUCUUCACAGGACCCAUCAUUGCUCGGAUAACUGACUGCAUCUACUUGGGGAACCUCAACGCUGCCUACAGUGGACGGGCGCUGUGCACAAACAGCAUUGACAGCAUCAUUGACGUGAGCAGCCUGCCCAGUGACUGCAGCCUGAGUGUCAUCCCCUGCACCUGCCAACGGGGAGGGUUCAGGCACAGCUGGUCACGUCUCAAGGUCGACAUCCAGUCUCCACUCCAUGGGGAUUAUCAUGACAUGGGGCAGCCUUGCUUCCGACACAUCAACAACUGCAUCGAAGCCUCACUGGAGAAAGGGAAGCGUGUCCUCCUCCACUGCAGAGAUGGUUACUCUCUAGGUCCUACUUGCAUCAUUCAGUACCUGAUGGUCAAGCACAGCAUGAGGUUGUUGGCAGCCUAUGAGUUGGUGAGGGCACGGUACCCGCUGAACAUCCAGCAGUGUCAUCAGGAUCUGCUGGUGGGUUUGGAGAUGUCCCUGCAGCCUGGGAGCAUCAACAUCAUGUGCCUGAAGCACUCCCUGUCAAGAAAGAUGGCAUGGAGCUAAACAGACAGGGUGGUUGUGUUGUUUGGCAGCAGCCCUGAAGAGGAAAAGCCAUCUCAUGGGUGAAUGAGGUGACUGUAGCUGUGGGGUAUGUUGGACAGUACUGGCACAAGAUUCCAAGGCGUUGGCCUUCCUUUGUAGCAGUUCCUAGAGGCUGGUGUUGGCAGAAGAGUAGGGUGAACUCUUUUAGGGAGACACUGCGGGGAGGGGGAAUGUCAUGGGCAGGAUGGAAGCCAUGAGCUUUGCUUUGGUCUGAUAUGAUUUUGAGAAAGCAUAGGGCAGUCAGACACUGGUUUGCUCAGCAGUCCUGCCUAUGCUUUUACCAUAUGCACAAUUGCUGCUGAGCAUAAGGCUUUUUUCUUUUUUUUUUUUGCUAACAAUCUCAUGCAUAGAAAUGAGAUAUAGUCUCAUCUUGGUGUCAUGUCACUCCAUGGUGCCUGUUCAUUUAACAUUUGUAGGAUGUUGAAGAGGAGGCAAUGUGUAAGAGUGUAAGAGAUGGCCAUGAGGGACAGCUUGUGUGUAUCCAUCAGCCUAGUCCUUCCAACAUGUGGUGGUUCCCUAGAUGAGCCUGGACCAGAAGUGCCACAUCUGAGACUGUCUAAAGCAUAAGGCAGAACCUCCUGUAUGUACCAGGUCUUCCCUCUGGCCUCACAGGAUGGUCAAAGUGCUCUGGGAAUGGUGGACCGUACCCAUGGUGCAUUCCUUUAGCAUGAGCAGAGGGGAACAAGAGAAGGGAACAAGGUCAUGUGCACCACAGGAAAGGUACCCAAGUGUGAACAAUGUGUAUAUUCCCGGCCCCUGUGCAAUACCCUCACUCAUAUUUCAGUGAUGAGCACCUCUCUGAGGGACUUGCCUGGAGCUUUUUUAUGUCUUCCUUGAGUUUUUCUGCAAGGAACUUGUUCAUUUGUCACUCAAUUACACUACUUCCUUUGGAAACCUCUGUCUUUCAUAACGUUAACCAUAGGUCUUAAGUGUGGGAUGGUUUCUGCUCACCCUAGUACUACACCUUGCCAUCCACUCCUUCUGUAUCCUACAAACACAACUGUUAACCAAAAUUUUGCUAAUGGGACUUCUUUUUAUGAAGUCUCUUAUUGAACUAUUUCAGGCAAACAUUUCCUUAUCACAAAGUGAUAACCAAAACCCUGAACUCAGAGCAAAUCUCUUUUGCUAUGCUGCAUGCCUGGACUCCAGGAGGUUAGGAAAGCCUUUGUUUCACAGGGCUGAAGGAAACUCCUUGGUGUGGGGAAUAUUUGAAUGGAUAACUCUGCCAGUUUUGAUUCCACCACCAUGAGCAGAGCUGCUCUCUGGAGGGCUGGUGGGCCAACAGUGGCUGGAAUGUGUGUAUCUGUGUAGGGAGCUAAAGAAAAUGGCUGUAGAGACUUUGGAAAGAGAAAUAAAGCGUUGGUUUGACUCUA